GGAGAGCCAGAACGGAGCAUUCAGAUUUUGAAUGGAGGAGACCUGAGUUAGCCUGAUGACGUAGCCUCACGCCAUUGGCCCCUUAUAGUGAUGGCGUUAUUGCUGCCUAAGUGGCUGGGUGGGGAGGGUGGAAACGGGCUCGGUCAGUUUGAAGCAGGAGAGACCGGAGGAGAAAGCCCCGGCGGCGCCCCAUACAACUGGGCAUGGGCUAGGAAUAUGGGCGCGGAGACAUGCAGCUGAGCGGCUGAUCCGAGAAGCGAAGGAUUGGACCAUCUGAGGGCCAGGAAAAGGGUUGAGGCCUGGCUGUGGGAGUACAGCCUGCUCCCUCUGGAACUGGAAAGAAUUACUUAUCCUACACCAAGCCCUGGGCAGAGGGGCUCAAGCGCUGAAAAUAUGCCUAUUUUGAAGCAGCUGGUGUCAAAUUCUGCAAGCUCCAAACGCCGUUCCCGGGUGGAUCUGACAGCAGAGAUGAUCAGUGCUCCCUUGGGUGAUUUUCGUCAUACCAUGCAUGUGGGUCGAGCUGGCGAUGCCUUUGGUGACACCUCUUUCCUGAAUAGCAAGGCUGGUGAGGGUGAACAGGAGGCUGCUGAGGAGACCAGUUCCUCAUCCAAGCCCAGCCUGUUGUCACGGAAGUUCCGCAGUAGCAAGCGGUCUCAGUCCGUGACACGUGGUGAACGGCGGGACAUGCUGGGCUCUCUAAGGGACUCCGCUAUUUUUGUGAAGAAUGCAGUUUCCCUUCCUCAACUCACUGAGAAGGAAGCAGACAAGAGUGGUGGGAAACAGCUGCCCAAAAGCCUUUCCUCCAGCCCUGUCAAGAAAGCACCUGAGGAGAAGAGCCCUGAAGAGAGGCACAUGAAUGGUGCUACUGCAGCCCCUGGCUCUGGACCCCACAGCCCUGGCUUGGAAGAACGGGAUUUUGGUGACAUAACUGACUUGCCUGUAGUUUUGCACAAGAACAGCUAUGGCCUGAAGCAUGCAGAGUCCAUCAUGUCAUUCCAUAUUGACCUUGGGCCUUCUAUGCUGGGUGAUGUCUUGAGCAUAAUGGAUAAGGAUUCGUGGGAACAAGAGGAUUCUGGUUACCAAGGGGUAGAGGAGCCCCAAAGAGAUGCAGAUCCCGUGGAGGCAUCAGCAGCACACUGGCUUAGUCAGGAAAGCAAACUUGCACAGGAUUCCUUGGCUCAUUGUGAUGAAAACAGGGCAGCAACAUACAGCCCUGGCUCAGCCCGCAGCACUACAAGCCAUCUCACUAUGGACAGCAGUUCCGUUUCCAGCUGUGCAUCAGUGGGGGAAGAACAACGUAGCUUUGCCUCCAGAGGACAAAACCAUGGCAUUCCAGAGGAUAUGAAGCACGAGGCUUCUAAACAGCCAGAGAAAGAAUUCUCCUUCAUGGAUGAAGAAGAUGACGAGAUAAGAGUAUAAGGAAAGUUGUUGGAGGUUUUUAACUUUGAGAAGGAAUAACUUGCAACUCAUUUUGCAGUAAACGACACCUUUAUCUGCAAUGCCUUCAAUUAAAUAAAAUAAAAUCCUUUGGCAGUCUUCAUCUUAGUUCUCUUAAGCAGGCUGUUGAAGAAAAAGGAUUUCUUUUCUUGCUUGAUAAGUGAGGUCCCUUUUUUUAUGAAAGGAGGGAGAAAGGGAACCAAGUUGAAAAGCUCACAUUUAAAUGGCUUUUUUUUUUGUAUUUAAAGUACUUUAUUUCUGUGAUCUUGGAGCUGCUAAAAAUUGCUCAAGGAAACAAUUUCCAGUAGAGAACUCAAGCGUGAGAAGAGGAACGUUAAAAACUCAAUUUUUGUUAACUUUAUCCACUUCCUGUUUAAAGCAAUAUAGAGCUGAAAUACUAGAACAAAGCUCAAAACA